GCCUCCCUGCCUCCCCUCACUCCUGGACACAGCCUGAGUCCUUCCCAGGAGAGCCAGCCAUCAAUUCCGCUCCCUUCCCGGGUCCCGGGCUCCAGGGUGCCAAACGUGGGAAAGUGGCCCUGCGGCGUUGGUGUGGGAGGAAGAGGCAGCACACAGAAGAGGAAGAGCAGAACUUGGCAGAUUUUCAACCCACAGCUGAGCACAUAGCCACUCAACUGGAGACUACAUCUCUCAACGUCUCUUGCAGCUGAUGGCGGCCGUAUGACCGACCAAGCCGUAGCCAAUAGUAUGUGAAUGAAGGUGACCUUUGCAACCUCUGGAGGUCUCAAGGUGGAGUUUUGUGCCCUCUGCUUUCACUCUCCUUCUUCCUAAAGGCUGGAAUACAGAGGUUGUGGUGACUUGAUUCAACCAUGUGGAAGAGCAACAAGAUGAAGGGGACUCGGGUCUGCCAACAGAUUCGGAAACACCAGCAGCUCAUCUCUAGGCACAGUAGGGCGAUGGAAGACAACGAUGAUAAUGAUAUAAAGCUGAAAGAAGAAAUGGAAGCCGAAUUGGAUAAAAUCAGCCUUUCUUCCUUGGAAAACGAUGAUCUGGAGAGUGAUUCAGAAUCAGAAACCCAGAGCGGUAGUAGUGACACAGAUUUGGAUGAAUUACCUGAGUCCGUUCUUCACUGUAUUAACAUCAUAAAGAAUAAGAGUAAAACUGUGGAAGAGCUCAUUCUUCAGGACGUGGAAGAUACUGAUGUUUUAAGCUAUGGUUAUGGAGCAGUUUCUAAUAACCAUAUGCAUUUAAGGAUAGAAUUAUCAAAUGACUGUAAAGAAAAUCCAGAACAAUUAAUGAAGAUGUUAUCUGAAAUAGAAAAAGGAGAAUUUCUGAGAAGUGAAACUCGCUGUGGCGGUCCUGAUUCUGUUCCAGAGCCUGAUCCUUGUGAUUUGCCUGUGGGUGGGCAUGUUUUGGCAGAUGAUGCUGAUCUAAAUUUUGGGUACUGCGAAGUGGAAGAAAGAUGUAGGCAGUCAUUUGAGGCUUGGCAAGACAGACAGAAGGAACUAGAAGACCAAGAGAAAGAAACUCUCAAAGCUCAGAGGGAUAGAGAAGAAAAGCAAUUUCAAGAAGAAGAAGAAAAAAGACAUUGCUGGAUGAAGCAAUUUGAAAUUGAAAAGAAGAAAUUAGAGAGUAUUCAUAAGCAAGAGCAGGACAAGAUGAAUGACGAACUUCACAAAGAAGAGAAAAUGUGGAAGGAGAAAUUUAAACAGCAUGAGGAGUUUAUUAGAACCUUGCAUAUUCAAAUGGAAGAAGAAAGAACAAGAUAUAAAGACCUACAGGAAAAAGAAAAAAUGCGUUUGUUAAAACUGCAGCAUAAUGCAGCUGUAAAAAUUCAAGCUAAAUAUAAAGCACUUGUGGCCUACAGAAAAUAUAGCCCAAUCAUAAAGGAACAAAUAGAAAGUAAGAAAAGGAAAGCACAAGAAUGGAAGGAAAGGGAAGCAAAAAUACGACAGAUGGAAGAAGAAAAACUAAAGAGACUGGAGGAGAAACGAAGGAUAGAAGAAGAGAUAAAAAAGCAGCAGCAAGAGGAAAGGAAAAGGAGAGAGAAAGAAUAUGAAGAAAAAAAGAAUAUCUUGAGACAAGAAAGAGAGCAACUACUCAACAAGGAAAAAUUGAGAUUAAGAGAAGAUGCAAGAAAACAACUAAUAAUAAGUAGAGCAUUAAAGAAGGGAGAACAUAAUGCCAAACACUUACCUGUCAAAGAUGCAUCAAGGAAUAAAGAGGAUGCAGACAAAAGGCUAGGGGUUGAAAAGUCAAGGCAGUGGGAAGAUGUUCCCCCUUGGCUCGUUGAAGAAUCAAAUAAGACAGAAAAUGUAGAUGCCCAGCUUGUAUUGAAAGAACCAACACAAGUUCUAUUAAAAGAGUCUGGAUCACACCAGACAAGUUUGGCAGAAUUUAAAAUGGAAGAAAAAAAUGAAAACCUAGGAAAACAGUGUUCAGAAGAAUUGGUCAAGCAAGCAAGAGAUUAUGAAAAUGCAAACCAGAAAACUCAAUUGGAAAACCCAGAUCGAAAAGAAAGUGUGAAAGAAGAGUUUCAGCUACAAGAAUUAAAGUCUCAAGCCCAAGAAGAGGAUGUCAUGAAACCUGCCAUAAAUAAGACUAUGAGACAAGAAACCCAAAUAAUAGUAUUAGGAUAUAAUCAAGAAGUUAAUGACGUACAAAACAAUGAAGCCCCAAAAGUAAUCAGUGAUCAUCAACAGAAUGAGAUACAAAAAGUAGAAAAAAAGAUAUCAGAACAGAACGGAAAACUGUAUGAAGAGAAUAACAUGAAGGGGAUUUCAGUGGUUUCAGUGAAAGAAAACCUACUACCACUAAAAUUAGAAAAGUCUGAAGGUAGAGGGGAAAUUGUAAUACUGCAAGAAAAAGAAAUUGAUUUAAAACCUGAAAAAACUGAGGAGGACUCAAAAGGCAGUGCUCUGAAUGGUGACUUGGUUUGUAAUAUCAGUGACGCCAUGAUAAAUGCAGAAGGCAAAAUAAACAAGCAAAAUUAUAUUUUAGGUAAACAUGCUCCUUGCGAAGAUUUGGGAGGCGCUAAUGGAAAAAACUCUUUGGUUUUUAAAGAAGUGAACUCACUGAAGUCUCAGAUGAGAGAGAUUCCAGAAGAAUGUUGUGACCAUAGGGUGAAAUGUAGAGAUACAGUGACCAGCUCUGUUCCAGGGUCAGCACUUCUGUCUUCUCUUGAAGAAAAGCGGCUAGCAUGGAUAAAAUCAUUUAAACCUUGGUUUGAAAUUUUCAAUCAAAAUCAACAAAAGAAAAUUGUGAGAAGAAAGAGGCUUGUAAAACGCCCAGUCAGUGCGAUGCCCCCUUUGAAUACGCUAGAAAUUCUUCGCUGUGGCCCUUGGAAUACUUUACAGCAGGUUACAACAAUUUCAUUUCAAGAUUUGCCAGGUUGUAGCCUCUCCACACUGGCAGAGUGUACAAAUCUUCAGUGUCUGUCUCUUCAACGCUGUGGAUUAACUUCUUUGCACGGCCUGAAUAACUGCAAAAAAUUGAAGUACAUUGAUGCACAGGAAAACCGUAUUGAGACUAUCAGCUGUGAAAAUUUGGAACAUCUCUGUGCUGUUGUUCUUAAUAAAAAUCAGCUGACUUCUUUUCAUGGUUUGGAUGGCUGCACUAACAUCCAAAAGCUUGAACUUUCGCAUAAUAAAAUCACUCGAAUUGGUGGUUUAGAAUCGUUGAAAAAUCUUCAGCAACUGAUUGUGGACCACAAUCAGUUAAUUAGUACGAAAGGUCUUUGUGAUAUACCUACCGUUACAUACCUGGAUUGCUCAUAUAAUCAUCUUACUGAAGUUGAGGGCAUUGAAAACUGUGGAUUGCUCCAAAUACUGAAGUUACGGGGAAAUUAUCUAAGUGAGCUUCCAUCCUUGGAGAAUCAUGUUCUACUAAGAGAGUUGCACUUGGAUGAUAACAGCAUUUCAACUAUGGAAACAUUUUCUUCAUAUUGGCUGCCUUUACUACAAAUCCUGACUAUCUCUCAAAACAGCUUGACAAAAAUCAUACCACUUUUUCAUUUUGUUUCAUUGGAAAAACUAGAUGUCAGCAACAAUUGUCUCUCUGAUCUUGCAAAUACCAUAAGGUGGUUUGAUGCAUGCUUUUCUCUCCGUGAAUUGUCUCUCAUUGGAAAUCCACUUCUUCAAGAAAUAAACUGGAGGAAUUCUCUACUUCAAAUAUUACCUGCUCUGAGAAUCCUCAAUGGUGAAAUGCUAACCUCUUCUCCAGAAAGUCACACUGAAGAACAUCUAGAAUUAGAGCAUUUCCUGGUACUUUGUCGGUCCCAGAUUAGAGAAUUUAACUUACUAACUGAAAAAUAUAAUCCUGGAAAAGGAAACAUAGUUACCUUGGAUGCUACAGAAAAUCUCUGCUAUUAUUUUAAGAAAUUGAUGACACUUAGUAAUGAGUGUCGAUAUGCACAUGAACAUGGGGAUGUAAGUUUCACCAAAAGAGAAGAAUCAAAAGCCCAGCAAAAUCAUUUGGCUUCUACAAACAGGGAUGGCGUACUGCAAGACAGAGUCCUUUCCUCCUGUGCAAAUGAAUAUGAACUGGACUCCCCGAAGAUUUCUGAGAAGUGGAUGGACUCUGGUUCCAGUCCUUCCCCAUUAACCAACCCCUUAUGUGAAGAUACUGAAGAAAGAAAUCAGGGAGAAGUAAUGGGCCAGAAAAGAGAAGACAACAAGGCAAGCAUGUUUCCCACCAAAAAAAUAGCAUCCAUGGAAACAGUACUGACAAGGUCUCUACUGAAGGACUGCCAGAGUAUUGAAGAUCACGAGAAAAGUAUGGCAGCUGUGAUAAUCCAGGCACACUGGCGUGGCCACAUGGGGCGCAGACAGAUUCAUUUCUCUGCAAAGCCACAUCCUCCUGCAGUAGAAUCCCUGACAUCCCAGCCAAAUUCCCGCAUUGAAAUUCCAACUGUUUUAAAGAAAGAAGAAAUAAAAAAUACUGUGACUAUCCAAGAACAGAGGGAGAAAUCUGCUAUUCUCAUUCAGGCAGUUUGGAAGGGCUUUCUUUUGCGAAAGAAACUGACAACAGCCCUAGAGGCUAUUAAGAAUGAAGAAUCUGAAGAGGAGUAUGAAGAAAUAGAUUUAGAAGAUUUUACAUUCAGUGAAGCUGCCUUAGAGAAGGAAUGGCUAGCUUUAGAUUCCACCCGCUUCCCUUCACAAACACUGCUUCUCCCAAACCAGCUGCACUGGCCAAAGUUCUCUGAAACCUUAAAAUGUGAUGAUACUUCGUUUAAUUUACCAAGUCAUCCAGCUCAUGCAUGGCUAUGUAAUGAGAAAGAAAAUUUGUUUUCAUCGGAACACACACAACUUAAUAGCAGAUCAGAAAAUAGAACUUUUUCUAGGACACCUGAAUUAAAGAUCAGCAGAAAGAGCUUGCAGAAGUCUGAGAAAGAAGAAAAAAUUUCAGAAGAAUGGGGCUUUAAGGAUAUUUCUACUGCUCAGCAAAUGCUAAAGAGAGCACAGAAAAUGAAAUCAAAGAAAUUAAGGAGAAAAUUAGAUCCCACUGUGCGUCUGGCAUUAUUCAAAAACAAUGAAAAGAAAGCUUCUGUUAUGAAAUUACCAAAGAAGGCACAGCCCAAAAGAGAUGGCUACUUCGAAGGUAAGGAAGAAGAACUUAUAUAUAAAGAUACUCCUGCAAGUGAAAAAUUAGAAAGGAGUAAAGAAUAUACAUAUCAAUGGCUUCAUACACAGGUUGGGGUUCAUGAACCAACUAGUUCCAGAAAUAUGAAAUGCAAUCACUUCUUGCCUGAGUUAGAUCCAGAUGUACUUAAUGGUGGAAGAGUUCAGCUUGUGGCAAGACUUGUAAGCAGAGAAGACACGGAUUUAGACCUUUUUUCCAUGACCAGUGGAAGUGCUUUGUCUGUGAAGAGAGAAAAAAAAAAUCAGGCACACAGACACUCAGCAGGAUCUUCAAGUAAGUUGUGGUUUCCUUCAGAAUUAAUUUAGAGAUCACAAACGAAUUGAUGGAACCUAAUGCCAGCAAGCAUUCUUUUACAGAUAAGGGGUAGGAUGCCAGCAACCAGUAUUGCCCCAAAAUAUGCAUUGGAAUUUUUUCUUUCUUUAAAUGUCUUCUUUAAUAUAAACAGAAUUAAAUUAUUUCUAAAAUUAACAGCAUCCGUUUUUAUUUUAGCUUAAUUCUAUGACUCAGUUGUCCCUCCCCCACCCCCAUGGAUGGUAUUGAAUUCUUUGAUCAUUUAGCUCUGAAAGAAUUUGUUUAGGCUAACUAUAAAAAGUUGGAUUUAUAUAUCAAAGUAGUGUAUUUGGGCCUUUUGUCAUUGAUUUAAUAGAUAUUGUAAGUAAAGUUAGUUUUUGAAAGACAUUUUUUUAACUAGUAGAUUUUAGAUAAUAUUAUACUCUCAAAACUGUGGUCUUAAAAACUAUUUCCAUUGAACAAAUGAGUUCGUAUUUAUUAAUGAUGACUUUUUAUAUUUUUAAUCCUGUAAUACACAUCUAGUACCUUUAAUUUUGUAAUAUAACUAUGUUUAUCAUGGCUUCCACAAGAAUUGCAUUGUAGUUAUUAACUCUGAAAAGAGGGAAAACAUUUACAAAAGAUCUGUAUCUUAAGUGUUUGAGUGUAAUAGAGACUCCUUUUUUCAAACUUUUCAUUUAACUAAUACUGUAGAGAUAUUGAAAUGUCUUUUAAUAUUGUGACAUAUUAGUGUAAAAGAUGCUUUAUUUAAUAUCAUAUUUUGUUAAUUUUCCCAAAGUAUAGUGAAUCUGAAAACUCCACACAUUAACUUAUACUUCAUUUUCAGUACUAGUUAUUCUUUAACAAGUUUUAUUACUCAUUGAUUUAUUACUCAUUGAUUUAUUAUUAUUUACUUAUUGAUUUAUUACUCAUUGAUAAAUUGAUAGUGUGGUUAAAUACACACACUAUCAAUAUUUGAAUGGGAACAAUUCCAUGAUCCAGAAGAUGCUCUUCAGAUAAAUGAAAACUUCAAAAUGAUUUUCUGACUUUUCAUUCAGGUGCUUGGAAUUAUUAGAUUCCAGUCAUUUAAAUCCAUUAAUAUGUACAAGUUCAUUUUGACAAAUUUUGCUUUAAAAUUAUACUUUUAAUCUAUCUAAUUUAAAAAUAUUUCCCAGGCUUAAAUUCUUAAGAGUGCUUGAAUUUUCCUUCCUUGAUUAUAGAAUCUGGUGCUUGAAUUUUCCUUGCUUGACUAUAGAAUCUGGUCAUGAAAGUUUGUUCUAGUCAGUAUUUGACUAGAAAAUACUAACCAGAGCAAUAUUUUGGGUUCAUUCACCUAAGUAAAAGUGUUCAUUUAAUAUAAAUUUUCUGUAGCAACAUAAGGUAUAAGUUACAUCAUUUUCUACACUAUAUAUGUGUAUGUGUAUAUAUAUGUAAAACAUUUCAAAAGGAAUCAACCUGUGACCCACAUAAUAAUGAAUAAUGCCUUAUCCAUUUUAAGCAUGGCAUAGUACAAACUCAUAUGUUAUCACUUUGGAGUAGUAUAGGUAAAAAGAAAUGAAUCAGAUAAAACUUCUUUAAAAAUUACCUUGUCAUUUUACAGAAUAUCAGAACUUCUGUUCAUAAUGUAUCAUCUUAAUAUUAAAACAAAUAACUCAGUAUGUCAGCAACUAUCCUGAAAUGCACAAGUUUCAUCUUUCACUUAUAUAACAUUGAAUCAUAGAUUUUAGAGUGUACAAGAUCAUUAUAAAGAAUUCAUUUUUCUAACAUCUUCUCUAAGAAACUGUAAUAAGGCAGUUCUCACUGUAAUUUCAAUUAGUCGUCAAUAACUGGUGUUCCGUAUAUGCAAACAUGACUUAUCACUAAAUCUAUUCAUUAAGUGACAAUUUAAGACAAGCCACUUUAGAAAAAUAAAAUUUUCAUUAAAUAACAGAAUGAAUAUGAAUAAAUACCACUUAGCACAUUAUUGUCAUUACUAGUUUACUAUGACAUCCACAUAAUAAAAUGGGUAAAGAAUGUGGGUAAAUUGCCUAGAUUUGUAUCAUAACUUAAUUUUCUCAUCCUUAAAAUGGGAAUGAUACCUACUUUGCUGAGUUGUUUUAGGAUGAAAUAUAUAGCACAUUUAGAACAGUAUCUGGCACAAAAUAAAUGCUUUGAAAAUGUUCUUUGUAACUGCCACCUACACAUAGCUGUAAAAAAAGUAGUUGAGGUAAGAUAUUGAAGUCUCUAGAAUGUCAUCACAUGGGCUAACUAGUCAGCUUAAAAGAACCAUACUCUUAAUAGUUACUUGACUAAAAGAAACUUGGCAUAGCCUAUAAUUCCUAGAAAUCUUUGAACUGUUGAAUUCCUUGCGUCCUUGGCCCCCUUGGCCUUGGACCAACCUCUGACAGUCUCGGUGUUUUGAAAGCUCUUUUUCCUCCAGCUUUCUCUCUCUCAAAAUCUUGUCACCUUAUUAAAGCUAAAAUAUUUCUUUUAGCUUUGCAAGCCAGAUCUAGAGAAUAGUUUAUGGGCUUCAGCUAUAAAACUCUUUCAGCCUUUGAACUUUUCUAGAUAUUUCUCUUUCAAUGUUGCUAUAAUAUGUGUAACAUGUAUUCUUUAGAAUCAGAUACAUUCAGGUUUUAAAUCCCCAUUCUACCAUCAUAUAUAAAUUGUGUGACCUUGAGUCAAUUAUCUAAACUCUAAGAAUGAGUUUGCUAUCAAUAAAAUGGGAGUCUAAUGUCCACCUCAUAGAGUUCUAGUGAGGAAUAAAUAAGUAAAAAUAUAUGUAAAGUAUGUGACAUGGUGCUUAGUAAGGGCUUAAAGAAUAGUCCUUAUUGUUUAUAUCAUUUGUUAAUGUUUGUUUUGUUAUUGUUGCAUAAUCUUAAACAGCUUCAAAGUAAAAUUGUCCUCCUUUUUCACCUAUCAGAUUAUACCAGAACCAGUGUACUGUCAGCCUAACAUCCAUCUCAAGCAAUACUGUCUUUUCUUGGAGGAAUUCCUGAGUUUUCUUUUUCAUUUUAGGUCUUGUUGUUCUCUUAAAAGAGGACAAAGGAGUCUUUUGCUGUCUAGCUUUCUAAUCUAUCUUACGGUUUAAAAAGAGUCACAUUCUCAUAUAAAUUUGCCAUUGAUAUAAUGAUUAUGCCAAGAAAUAGAUAUGCCUCACUUAGACAAAAAUAUUUGAUUUCCUUAAAUGAUUCUGGUUUUCUCAAUUAAUUUUCCCAUUUAAUACUUAAAAUAAAGGAUGCAUUACAGUAAUAAUAAUUUUAUUGCUCUAGCAAUUUGUAGCUUAACCAAUUUCUCUCUAUUAUCUUUUCUUAUUUGUAAUGAUUAUUUUUCUUUGAUAGCUAAUAUAAAUGAGACUUAGAGAGUUUAUUUAAUUUGCCUUGGGACAAAAAUCUUAGCAAGGGAAAGAAGCAACUCGAACCCAUCUUUUCUUAUUCCAAAGCCAGUGCUAUAUUGCCUUCUAGUCUUCCUUGUGCUGAAAUAUGUAGCUUAAUAAGAAUAGAAAGUAAUUAAUAAAAUUCCCUUUAUUCAUUCAUUCAAGAGCCAUUUCUUGAUUGAUCAUUGCUCACUAUAUAAUUAGUUUAGCUUUCUGUUUGCCAUCUCUGUACUCUCUGGGACGUACUCUUAAAAAGGCAAAAUUAUGGAAAUAGUAAAAAUAUCACAGGUUUUGGGGGGUUGGGUAGGAGAUGAAUAGGUUGAGCAUAGAGGAUUUUUAGGACAGUGGAAAUACAUUCUAUGAUACCAUAAGUUUGGGUCAAUCCUAAUAUUAUACAGUGCCUCCAAUAUAUGGAUACAUGUCAUUUAUUAUGCAUUUUUCCAAACCUACAGAAUGUGCAAAAGUAAAAAGCAAGAAUGGACUGUAAUGUAAACUAUGGACUUUGGGUGAUGAUAUUUUGGCAAUUUAGUUUCAUCAGUUGUCACCCAGGUACCUCUCUCAUGGAGGGUGCUGACAAUGAAGGAGGCUGUGCAUGUGUUGGGGCAGGAAGUAUAUGGCACAUCUCUGUCCCUACCUCUCAGUUUUUCUAUGAAUCUGAAACUGCUCUAAAAAAAAAAGUCUUAAUAAAAAUGGGGAGGGGGGAAGAAAAUUUUUAAAAGUGGAAAGAAAACUAACCUGAAAGUUAUUUUGAAUAGGUGUGAUUUAGAUUUAAAUUUUAUAAAUAGUCCAGACCUAAGGAUCCAGAAAGUUGUAGAGCUGAUACUCAAAACUGGGUCUUUUGAUUCCUAGUCUGAAGAUAUUGCUUCCCGUCCAACUUGUCUGUAUCAUAAAUGGUUUGCUUCCAUCUCAGUGUAAAGGUGGAACAAAAAAACGCUAAUAUAAAUUAUGAUUUCUUUCUUAAAAAGUA